AUGGCUACCGAUAAACGAGCCGAUUCUCUCGCCACCAAGCCAAAGCAAACGGGCAAAGCAGAGACAGAACAUGACGAGACAAUCUAUGCGGAGCCCAGCUUUCUUCAAUCCGUUUCAUAUGGCCCUGGUGGCAUCUCAGGGAUCGUCAGCUCCCCUUAUGUCUCCGGUGCGGCUGUCCUCGCAUCCUUGGGCGGGUUCUCAAUGGGAUACGACAUGGGGGUGAUUUCAAUCAUCAAUGUGAUGGAUCAGUUUCAUACAAAGUAUCCGUUUGCAGCAACCGCCUUUGGGAAGGAGUUUAUGACAGCAAUGUUGCUGCUGGGAGCUUUCGUGGGCUGCAUCUUCAUGCCUUACGCGGCAGACCGAUACUCUCGAAAAUGGGCAUUGACAGCGGUCGUGGUGAUCUUUGACAUCGGGGCAAUAAUUCAAACCGCAGCACCAAAUUAUGGAGCAUUGGUUGCUGGUAGGUUUAUUGGAGGAAUUGGUGUUGGAACAUUGGCAAUGGGCGCACCUCUUUACAUAUCAGAAAUUUCCCCUCCAAAUAUUCGUGGAACACUACUCGUUCUCGAAUCAAUCUCCAUCACCUCUGGCGUGGUGAUAGCAUACUGGAUUAGCUUUGGAAGCAGAAGCAUCACGGGAGAAGGAGCGUUCCGAUUGCCAUUCGGGCUACAAAUGAUCACCGCAACUCUUCUGGGUGCUGGAAUUCACUUCUUCCCAUAUUCACCUCGCUGGCUUGCGCUUGUGAAUCGCUCAGACGAUUGUCUUAAGAGCCUUGAGAGACUACGGAGAUUGCCAACCCACGACGAGAGAGUGCAAGCAGAGUUUCACGGUAUCAUGGCCGAAGUCAACUUUCAGAAGCUUGCCCAACAGAAGCGACACCCGGGUAUAAGCGGAAUUAAGCUGGAGCUUGCGCUGUGGGCAGAUCUUUUCAAGCGCAAGUAUUGGAGACGCACCGCGGUUGGCGUUGGAGUUGCCUUUUUCCAACAGUUCUCAGGAAUUAAUGCCUUUAUUUAUUAUGCACCAACAUUGUUUACAUCGCUGGGCCAAACCAAUGAAAUGUCUUUGAUUAUGUCGGGUGUCUUCAACAUUCUUCAGAUGGUCGCUGCAGUUGUAUGCUUCCUUAUUAUCGAAAAAGUCGGCCGGCGUCCAUUGGCAAUUUUUGGUGGAUUCGGAACAGCCGUAACAUACGCCAUAAUAGCGAUUUUAUCCGGACUCUAUGAAAAGGACUGGGAAUCUCACCGGAGCGCAGGCUGGGCCUGUGUAGCGAUGGCGUUCCUGUUUAUCCUCACAUACGGUGUCUCGUACUCGCCGCUCGGAUGGGCUCUCCCCUCUGAAGUUUUCUCCACUGCCACUCGAUCAAAGGGUGUUGCGCUUUCUACAUGUGUGAUCUGGCUUUGCGACUUCAUCAUCGGUAUCUCCGUUCCGAGUAUGAUGGAAAACAUCACCUAUGGCACGUACAUAUUCUUCGCUGCGAUGUGCUUCCUGGCCGGUAUCUGGGCGUACUUCUUGGUCCCAGAAACUAGUGGCAAGACUUUGGAAGAGCUUGACGAAGUGUUUGGAGAUACCAGUGGACAGGAGGAGAGGGAUCUCGUUGCGGAAGCCAUGCAAGCCACGAGACGUGCUGCUGAGACGACCGUCUAA